AUGAAUGGAACUGUCUCCAUAGAAAUCGCCGAAGAUCUUGGCUUAGAUUCGACUGGUAUUCGCAAUGAUCUUAUAGAUAGGAUUAGAAAACAUUGGGAGACAAAAAAUGAAGAAAUUUCUACAGAUAUUGAUCCAAUAGGUACUUCGUCAAGUCGUCCAGAUUCUAAAUUUAGUAGUAGCAGUAAACCAACUACUGAAAUACAAAGUAUUUCAUCUCCAAACGAAGAGUCAGAAACUUCUGAUAGUGAUAGCAAACAGGAUACAUCAAGCUCCGAUGAAUCUAACAUUGAAUCUGGUACAUCGCGUGGUUUGCCAAUAGCAAGGAUUCCGGAGAUUGCCAUUGUUCCCAUUCCAUCUAUCUUAAAAGACUCAAGAGAUGUUUAUGAUAUACGUGUGCCGGAUUUCUUCUUUGUUGUCGAAUGGCAUCGUUUUUGGCUUGCACAAUACGGAAUAUUUUUUACUACUGCUGGUCAUUUCGAUUGGGCUGAGGACGUGCGUGAUUUUAUUCCUGACAAUCUUAUUUACACUGGUGCUGGAUCUGCUGUGAUUUUUUCACUUUAUGAGA